UGACAAGGUCAAGGUUGUCAAAAAGACCGAAAAAACCCAUCAGAAGAACGACAUCUAGUGGCUGUGCUCUUAUUAAUAAUUACGAAAGGAAGCUAAAAAGAUGUUGGAACAUGCAGACAUCAAACACACAGUUAUUCAGUGAUUCUGCCAAUGUAGUUUGCGGCCAUACCUAGAAAUAUGUUGCGCGAUACUGAAACAGCCAGUCUUGAAGAUCUGAAAAAGUUAACACAGCUACUGAAGACAGCCAUAGAGACAAGAGACACUGAGUCAGCCCUGAAAUAUACAGAACUUUUGGCCACUAAUAAGAUUACAUGUACUGUAACGGUACAGUCUCUAUCAGGAGACGUGAAAGAGCAGGAAUUCUGUAUCAAAAUUCACGUGGAAGAUAAGGAUAACAGCGGUGGAAUUAUCUCCCUUUUGGUCAGACAUGCAGACACCAUUCUUGACCUUAAGAACAAGAUGUGGGUGCUACACAAGUUUCCAGUGGAGAUCCAACAGUGGGUAAUCGGGAACAACUUGCCCAGUGACAGCGACACACUCAGACAGUUCAGUCUGAUUGAGGGCAGUGUCAUCUUCCUUUACCUCAUUCAUACCAACCCCGGCAACACCAAGGCGACCAAGGUCAAUGAAGGUCGGCUGCUCCAGAUCCUGGAACAAGAUUAUCAACACAACAAAGCACAUAAAAAUGUCAAAGGUCCGACAAGCCCCUCCCCUAAUUCCGUUGCCGCAGGGAAUCCGAACCCCACACCAGAGAGGCUCAUUCUCAACCCAGCCAUGGUUAAUAUGGCAAUAAGCGAGGAUGGGGUUGAAGGUCAAACAUUGAGGGCAGCAAGUAUUAAUGAGGAGGAGGCACAACAAUUAUCUGAUCCAGAGACCCUUAGACCAAUGGAAGGGGCAAGGCCAAAGAAUUCAAUGGGGGAGCUUGGAAAAAUCCACUUCGUACAGGAUCACAAGAAGGAUGGUUGGACCUGUGAGGCAUGCACUUUUGUAAAUCAGCCGUCGCGUCCUGGAUGUGAGAUUUGUGCUUCCCCUCGACCUUUGGAUUACAGAGUACCGGCUAAUUAUGUGCCAACCGAUGAGGAACAAAGAAGAAUACAACUGGAAUCAGUAGGGGAGGAAAAAGUGAAAAAGUAUGAGGACCAACGCCGUGAGGAACAGUUGGUACAGAGACAGGAGAACUUUGAGCGCCUCCUGGCGGUAGAGGAGCAGCACUUGGUAUCUAACACAGUCGAGUUUGACUGUCCUAUCUGUUUUGACACCAUAGAGCCUGGGCAGGGUUUGGUGUUGCGGGAGUGUCUCCAUUCAUUUUGCAGGGACUGUCUUCAGGCCGCCGUCCAUCACAAUGAGGAGCCGGUCAUCCGAUGUCCUUAUAUGGAUUCUGAAACCGUCUGUAAUGCCCAACUCCAACAACGUGAGAUCAAAUCGCUGGUUCCAGCGGAACUGUUCGAGAAGUAUCUCCAGCGAAGCCUGAGUACAGCCGAGAGCCAGGAGCGGAACAGUUUCCACUGUAAAUCUCCGGACUGUGCGGGCUGGUGUAUCUACGAAGACAUGGUCAACUUCUUUCAGUGUCCAGUCUGUAACCAUGAGAACUGUCUCACCUGUAAGGCCAUCCACACCGGACUGAACUGUAAACAGUAUCAGGACGACCUGAUGAUUCGAUCCAAAAACGACGAGGCUGCAAGGAACACACAACAGAUGUUGGAGAAUUUGGUUAAGUCUGGUGAUGCAAUGUACUGUCCGGGCUGUAAGGUGAUCGUACAGAAGAAAGACGGAUGUGACUGGGUCCGAUGUUCCAUCUGUAAAUUGGAGAUCUGCUGGGUCACUAAAGGACCAAGAUGGGGCCCUUUGGGCACUGGAGACAUCAGUGGAGGCUGUGGAUGUCGCGUAGGUGGACGUCGAUGUCAUCCACACUGUAACAAUUGUCAUUAACUUCAGCCAUUCGUAUCUAUGACAUCGCGUAGGUGGACGUCGAUGUCAUCCACACUGUGACGAUUGUCGUCAACUUCAGCCAUUCUUAUCUUUGACAUUGUGUAGGGGGACGUCAAUGUCACCCACACUGUGCCAAUUGUCAUUAGGUCACCUGAGACAAAGUCUCAAGUGACCUAUUGCGAUCGCCUUUUGUCCGUCUUCAUCCGUCGUCCGUCGUGCGUCCGUAAACAAUUUACCUAAUUAAAAUAGUGGCCUGUUUAGUCCCAAGCCCCCAGGGACCUGAGGGGCGGGGCCAAAAAGGGGCAAAUUGACUAAAAUUUCAAAAAUCU